GGUACGGAUACGAACCCUGUAUUCAAAAAACUGUCGGCUUUGGGACGAAGAGUGGAUGGCGUUGAGAGCGAACGGGAAGACGAGACUAUUCACGACGAGCCGCCGGCCUCUGCACUCCACCGGAGACGAGCUCUCGUUCCCCCGAAACUCAUCACUGAUGGCUAUGAAAGCGCCACAGAAGACGCAGAACCGCAUCCCUUGAACGCCCCGAACACUAAUUUUCUUGGAGAACCGGUUAAUCACAAGAAUCGUCGCCGCAGUUCUAUUGUAGUGAUCCCUCCGAUGCAGAUCUGUCCGGGCGAUUUAUUGGUUUACAGUAAAGUUUUAACACAAAGAAACAACUUAUUAGGUGAGCACUUAUAACAAUCACUUUGUUUUUGA